AUGGAUCAGCGGGUUGUCGAGGCGUUUCUGUUGGCGCAGCAGGUGAGUCGCGGCGGCGAACUGCGUGAUCGUGUGCCUCGAAUUCUGCCGGCGGUCGAUCCGCUCAACAAUGUGCACGUCUACACGAGCCCGCCGGUCAGUUUGCCGAUCACCAUCACCACGCCGUCGCUUCCGCAACUCUACACUCAGACGUUCAUAUCGAAUCAUAUUCGACAAGCGCUUCGCGAGCCGCUUCUGAAUCCGCAAUAUCUGAUACACGCGGCGCACGCGGCGCGCGAUGUGAACGCCGCCGCGGCAGCUGCAAUGGAGAGGGCCGAAAACGCUAUCAGGCAGCAGCAGUCGCAGGCGCAGCAACAAUCGGUUUCGCGUCGCACGCACUCCUCGACGAACACGGCUUACAAUCAAUUGAAGGACACCGUGGUGCGGGUGCAGCAGCGAAAACGACAACGCGAGCAUGUGUUCGAUGACGACGGCUACCAGGCGGACACCGACACCGCCGACUCGAGCGACGUCGGCAUCGAUUCGUUGUCGAGCGAUUCCGAGUCGGAGACGACGCGCGCUUCGAAAGUGCGACGACGCGGCGGCGGCAGCGGCGGCGCCCAACAACACCAACGACAGCAGCAGCGGCCGCAGCACGAGCACGAGCUCGACGAGCAGCACGAGAGAGCCGACGAAGCGGCGCCAACAACGUCGUCAUCGAACGAUAGUAGCGAGUCGUCGACGACAUCGACGGCCGCGACGGCAACUUCAUCAGCGCCAUCGGCAUCCGCCAACAAUCGUUGCCCAUCGAAUAACCAGCAAAUUACGGGUAUGGUGCGUCAGAACGAGCACCGCAAUUGUCAACACUGCCUUCCACAACCACCCCCAGCUCAUCAACAUCCGACCUUUAAUCCAUUCAAUCUGUUUCGUGUCAUCCCACAAAUCUACGAAAUUCCCGCGCAACCAGUGAUGAUCGCCCGAGUUCCUCCGCAACAGAAUCCGCAACCACAGCCGGCCGCACCUCAAAACCGCUUCAUAAAUACCACAUUCAUUCCGACCGGCGUGAUGCUUCAUAAUAAUUUUGGAUCGAUUCCAGAGGGAAUCCUGAACUCUCAGCAAACUGCAACCGAUCCAGCCUUGCUUCAAAACUUCAACCGCUUCAUGUCGAAUGCCACCGAGCAGUUCAUGAUGCGCGAACGUGCCUUCAUGGAUCGCCACCAGCACCUGUUCACUCAUAUAUCCGAAGAUAUGCCGAUUGGGAUCAGUUUGGGCGACAUCGAGAAGCAUUCGCUUCGUGUGCCGUUCGACAAAACGCCGGAGGAAGGCGAGGAACCCGAGCGUUGCACGGUGUGCCUCGACGACUUUGUUCGCGGAAACAACAUCCGCCUCCUUCGUUGCGGCCACAUUUUCCAUCCGGAAUGCAUCGACAAAUGGUUGUCGCUCAACAAAAAAUGUCCCGUCUGUCGAAUGGAUAUCGACAAGUUGGGCGUCGAGACGAAGCCCGCGACUGGCGUUGUGGUGCCACCAAUUGCCCCGGUUCAAUAA